AUGGCGGUACUUCCGGUCCAGCUGCCCUCAGCGAAGAUGGCGGCAAUGGAGAAGCGGCGGCCCGCGGCUGCCCCAGCGGCCAGUUUCACGGACAACAGCCGGGCAUCAGUGUCUCGGGCGGCUGCGGCGGCGGCUGAGAGCGAAGAGGACUUCUUGCGGCAGGUCGGCGUGACGGAGAUGCUGCGCGCAGCCCUGCUAAAGGUGCUGGAGGCGCGGCCCGAAGAGCCGAUCGCCUUCCUGGCGCACUACUUCGAGAACAUGGGCCUGCGCUCGCCCGCGAAUGGCGGUGCGGGGGAGCCCCCGGGCCAGCUACUGCUGCAGCAGCAGCGCCUAGGCCGCGCGCUUUGGCAUCUCCGCCUGGCCCACCACUCCCAGAGGACGGCCUUCAACAACAAUGUCAGCAUGGCCUAUGAGUGCCUGAGUGCCAGUGGGCGCAAGAAGAAGCCUGGGCUGGAUGGACGCACCUACAGCGAGCUGCUCAAGCGCAUCUGCAGGGAUGGUGAGGCCCCUGAGGCGGUUGUGGCGCCCUUGCUGCGCAAGAUCCAGUGCCGCGACCAUGAGGCAGUGCCACUGGAUGUCUUCCGCACCGGCAUGCUCACCUGCUUCGUGCUGCUGGAGUUUGUGGCACGGGCCAGUACCCUCUUCCAGCUGCUGGAAGGCCCAGCCAUGGCUGUGGCUGACCGCCGUGUGGGCCAGGCUGUGCUGGACACCCUGGAGGGUGCCCUGCAGGCCAGUGACAAUUCCACAGCACCUGCCUGCUACCUGGAGGCUGGCUCGCGCCUGGGGCCAGACAGCCUGGCACUGGCCAUGGAUCGAGCCAUGUCAGGGCGGCGGCCCAGCUGCCCCAUGACCCGUGAGGAGUUCCUGGAGAAGGCAGCUACCCUGUUCAUUGCCAAGGUCAAGCCAGUGGGCUGAGCCCUGUGUAGGCCUCACUCAGCCCCUCCUGGUAGAACACAUUUGGGACCCAGGUUUGGGUGUCCCUAUGUGCAGGGGGUGCA